CUGGUGCAUGCUAGGUUGCUGGCGUGAGUUUGCAGCACGGACAGGGCUAGAGCGCGCUGCUGCUGGUCUGAAUCCGCCACUGGUUGCUUCGAUGGUUAGUGCUUCAUUGAAUUACGCGUCCAAGGUACAAUAGCUAAUAGUAAUGCCAUGCCAUCCAUUUAUGUCAUCGUUAUCAUAUCCAUGGUUGAUGGUAGUACAAGCCUCCAAGGAGAGACCUGACGGCGCAUCUCCGGCAAAGAGUAGCGAGAGGGCUUCUUCUUCCUCCAAGCCCCCACUCCCCGACCGUUCAAUACACGGGAAGCACAAGCACAUGCAGGGGAAGGAGGCUAAGAAUGGCAGGCGCCUUUCUAAUAAUAAAGCGAGUGCCACUCCCAAAAUAAAACUCACUCCUGUCUAACCCUGCCAGCGGUCCGGGGCCUCCUCCCCUAUUCGGACAGGAAAGGGGCAGAUGACGAUCCAUAGAAACCGAUUCAUGGAUUGCAGACACCCACAGGAAUCAUCCAUCAUUCGGAGCUAAUCAUUCAUCGGGCCUUUCGGCUCUUUCUGCUCGCGCACAAUCUUGGCUAGCUCGUCCUUUCCGGCGACACCCGCGCUACGUUCGAGGCCGCGAAAGCUGCCGCACACUUUACAGAUCGCUCGAUGAACGCCGGUGCGCAGCUUGAGCGGCGGAGCUCGGUGCGGCGGUCGCAGAGCAUGGUGCAGGAGGAGGACAGGGGCCAGCCGCCCGACGAGGAGCUCAUGUCCCGGAGCCAGGGCUCCAGCACGGAGCCGUCGGGCGGGGCGCUCAGGACCGGCGGCGCCGUGCCCGACAAGGACAGCGCGACGCCCAAGCCGCGCCUCGCCGAACAGAGCGCGGGACCUUCCGAGAUGGACCUGAUGAAGGAGAAGUUCGCCAAGCUGCUGCUCGGGGAGGACAUGUCCGGGUCCGGGAAAGGGGUGCCCUCGGCGCUCGCCCUCUCCAACGCCGUCACCAACCUCGCAGCUUCUGUGUUCGGCGAGCAACGGAAGCUGGAGCCCAUGGCCCCGGACAGAAAGGGGAGGUGGAAGAGAGAAGUGGGCUGGCUUCUGUCCGUCGCUGACCACAUCGUCGAGUUCGUCGCCAAGAAACAAGUCCUGGACAACGGCACCGAAAUGGAGGUGAUGGGCACGCAGCAGAGACGGGAUCUCCAGGCCAACAUUCCAGCAUUGCGUAAACUGGACACGAUGCUUCUCGACUACCUGGAUAACUUCAAGGAACGCAACGAGUUCUGGUACGUGAAGCGCGACUCGUGCUCAGAGAGCGAGAACGAGGAGAGGUCCGACGAGAAAUGGUGGAUCCCGAUCGUCAAGGUGCCCCCCGGCGGGCUUUCCAAGACCUCUAGAGGCUGGCUCCUGCACCAGAAGGAGCUGGUGAACCAGGUGCUCAAGGCGGCCAUGGCCAUCAAUGCCAACUGCCUCAUGGAGAUGAGCAUCCCGGACACGUAUAUAGACACGCUCCCUAAGAACGGGAGAGCCAGCCUCGGGGACGCGCUGUACCGAAUCAUCACAGAUGUGGAGUUCGACCCGGACGACUUCCUGUCGACGGUGGACCUGACGUCGGAGCACAAGAUCCUGGACCUCAAGGACCGGAUCGAGGCAUCGGUCAUCAUCUGGAACAGGAAGGUGCACAACAAGGACGGCAAGUCCUCUUGGGGCUCCGCCGUCAGCCAGGAGAAGAGGGAGCAGUUCGAGGAGCGGGCGCAGACACUGCUGCUCAUCAUCAAGCACAGGUUCCCCGGAAUCCCCCAGUCCACGCUCGACAUCGCAAAGAUCCAAGAGAACAGGGACGUCGGGUUUGCGCUGCUUGAGAGCUACUCCAGGGUCCUGGAGAGCCUGGCGUUCAACGUCAUGUCCCGGAUAGAGGACGUCAUCCAGGCCGACAACCUGGCUAGGGAGAAGGCCAAGAAGAACGCGCCGCCCGCAGCAGACCCCGCCGCCGGACGCCGCGGCCCGCAGGAGGCCGGUGGCGACGACGACGACCAGAGCAAGACGACCCUGCUGGACUUCAUGGGGUGGACUGGGGACUCCGAGGGCAAGAACGACGACGCAUCUCCCCCGCCGCCACCCGAGCUGCCGGCGCAGGACGACGGCAGGCUGAUGAAGCUGCCAAACAUCAUGACCAACCUCAAGCAGACGUACAUGGAUAAGCUGGACUUCCUCAGCGGGAACAGAAGCCCCUCAGGUCGCCAUUAGAGACGCGACACGACACGAGAUUUUUGCAUGUAUCGUGUGAGGUAGUGUACAUAUAUAUUUUUGGAUUGUGUCAAACUGGGCUCUCUCUUGAGUAGCCCGUGCCGUGUCACUUCCUGAUUUUGCAGACACGUGACAUUCUCUUCUCAUGUACGAGUACGAUUCCAAGGGAUUGGCCAUUGUAUCAGGUACAUCAAUAAAUAGACAAAAAAUAGAGCUAACAGAACUUCAACAUCA